AUGUCGAGAUUACCUGACGGCUUGAUCGCCUUUGGGCCGAAUGCCAACUGCACACUCGAGCUUUGCCCAAUCGAAUGGAGCAUCCUGCAAUAUCGACCCUCAGUACCCGCCAGCGCCAUUUUCAUCUCGCUGUUUGCUAUUGCCUUGGUAGGCCACGCCAUCCAGGGAAUUAGGUCGAGGACAUGGGGCUUCAUGGGAAGCAUGAUAAGUGGCUGCAUCUUGGAAAUAGUCGGCUACAUCGGACGACUUCUGAUCUACGACAAUCCAUUCAACUUUGAAGGAUUUCUCAUGCAAAUCGUCUGCAUCACGGUCGCGCCCGUCUUCUUCUCCGCCGCGAUUUAUGUUCUGCUCUCCCAAACCAUCAACCACCUCGAUCCCUCACUAUCCCGGGUCAAGCCGAAGCUAUUCUACUGGGUCUUCAUCCCCGCUGAUGUCGUCUCGCUGAUCCUUCAGGCCGUUGGCGGCGGGUCAUCCUCCGUCAGCACCACCAAGGAAGCUGUCGACCGAGGUGUAAACAUCUCCUUGGCAGGCUUGGUCUUCCAGGUCUUCUCGCUUGUGGUAUUUGCCAUCCUCUUCAUGGACUACAUGGUCAGAUACAACCGCUCGAUCGGCCGGUCCAAGAUGAACGGAAAGCUCAAGUUCUUCCUGCUUUUCUUGGGUCUCAGCACAUUCUUCAUUCUCCUCCGAUGCGUCUACCGUAUUGUGGAGCUGCAUGAGGGUUACUUCAGUCACUGGUUCCGGGAUGAAGCGCUGUUCAUUGCUUUGGAGUCAGCGGUCAUGGUUAUUGCCGUAUUCUGCUUGAACAUUGGACAUCCAGGCCUGGUGUUCGGCAAAGCAAAGUCAGCUGCAAAUGUUUCUCGCUAUGAAGGCGUUGCCAUGGAAGAAGCCCAGUCCGUAGAGGCGGCAUCAAUUGCUCCUCGAGCCGCCGGCUCAACGAAGAGCUUCAAGCUGGCUGUGAAGGACAACAUCGCUACGCAGGACUUGCCGACGACAUGCUCCUCCGCCAUCCUCUCCUCCCACAAGAGUCCUUACGAGGCCACCAUCGUGCGCCAGCUCCGCGAACGAGGCGCACGUGUAGUUGGAAAGACGAACAUGGAUGAGUUCGGAAUGGGAUCGCACUCUCUGAACUCAAUACAUGGGCCGGUGCUCAACCCGCUGUCUUCGACGCCCACAUCAGCUGGCGGAAGCUCUGGAGGAAGUGCGGUCGCGGUUCAGACUGGCGAUGCGGACGUGGCUUUGGGUACGGACACUGGUGGCUCAAUUCGUCUCCCAGCGGCGUACUGUGGGGUUGUGGGAUACAAACCGUCAUACGGCAUGCUUUCUCGAUGGGGCGUGGUACCAUACGCCAACUCACUGGAUACUGUCGGUCUACUUGCGCGGGAGGUGGGCAUUAUUGAGGAUAUCAUGUUCAGCACUGGUCUAGAUGUCGAGCACGAUGCCCAAGAUCCCACGUCUAUAUCUAAGAGCUUCCGAAAGCGCCAACAAGAACAGGAGGCGGACCGCCGCUCGCGACUGAGAGUCGGCAUUCCUCUCGAGUACAACAUCGAAGAACUCGACCCCCAAAUUCGAGCAGCUUGGACAAGUGCGGCAACACUCCUUCAAAAGUCUGGCGUUGACAUCGUCCCUGUCUCCUUGCCGUCGACUAAGCACGCCCUUUCAGCGUACUAUGUCAUCGCUCCUGCAGAAGCGUCGUCCAACCUCGCCAAAUAUGAUGGUGUCCGCUACGGUACCCGUGGCGACGAGAGUGACGGCGCUGGCGAGGUCCUCUACUCCAAGACCCGCGGCCUCGGCUUUGGUGACGAGGUUAAGCGGCGCAUUCUCCUGGGUGCCUACAGCUUGAGCUCCGAGGCCAUGGACAAUUACUUCAUCCAGGCACAGCGCGUGAGGAAGCUUGUCCAGAGGGACUUUGACCGUGUAUUCCGGCUAGAGAACCCCCUCUACGACCCGCAACAGUUUGAUCUGAGCGAUAUGAAGGACGAAGUGGAGCUGCAGGACAAGCUUGGUCCGUCGCAGGUGGACUUCUUGCUGUGUCCCACAGCACCAACGUUUGCGCCCUGGAUCGAGGAUAUUAAGCAGCAGACGCCGGUGCAGGUCUACAUGAAUGAUGUCUUCACGGUACCUGCGAGCUUGGCUGGCUUGCCGGCUAUCAGCAUUCCGACCAAGGUCGAAUCUCCAGAUGCGAAUGCAGAUGAUAGCCGCAAGGUGGCCGGUCUGCAGCUGAUAGGCCAAUACUGGGACGACAAACGUCUCCUUGGCGUGGCCAAGAACCUCCUCCGUCAGCUUUCGGCUUGA